UCAGUGUGUUUUGUUUUGAUCGUGCUGUUCCGCAACAAACAACAACAAAAAGAAAAAAGAAACGUGACGGAAAAGCUAUUUUCCCUUCUUCCUCCCUUUGCAGUAUUUUGACUGAACGCCUGCGGCAUUCAACAAGUUGAUAGAUACAGUUUAAGUACAGAGUGGUGUUCACGUUCCUGCCCCAGACUUUGUAACAACAACGGCUGACCAUGUCGUCCCGGCCCCAGGUUUAUUUGACCCGCAAGGAAUGCUUCAGCGCGUGCCAUCGUUUGCACAGCCCGUUCCUGAGUGAGGAAGCGAACCGGCAGGUGUACGGAAAAUGCAACAAUCCCAAUGGCCACGGACACAACUAUACCGUGGAGGUGACGGUGCGCGGCCCGGUCGACGGCAAGACGGGCAUGGUGAUGAACAUAACCGACCUGAAGGAGUACAUGAACCAGGCGAUCAUGAAAAAGCUGGACCAUCUCAACCUGGACAAGGACGUGCCGUACUUCAAGAACCUGGCCAGCACCACCGAAAACGUGGCCAUCUUCAUCUGGGACAGCCUGAAGCUGAUCAUGGACAAGCCGGAGCUGCUGUACGAGAUAAAGAUACACGAGACGGACAAGAACGCGGUCAUCUAUCGGGGCGAGAAGCACACGGUCGGGCAUCACCAUCAUAACGAGACGGUAAAGCAGUCGCGCGUGACCAACUCGUCCGAAAACUCGUCCAACAUGUCGUCCGACUCGGACAGUUAGGCGUUAGACGUUCGGGGAUGAGACCAUUGAACAGUAUAUUUACCAGUACUACAUUGCAAAACACUGAAACGAUCUGAAACGCGUACAUCCCAUGACACAAGACUUCCGGCACAAGCCAGGGUGAAUAUGUUUGGCAUUGACAAAAGGAUUUGCGCAACAGGUACUUCUUCCUUUAGGAAAUAAUAAAAAAAACCCGCUCAUUUUUCGGCUAUAAUGCUUAAA